CGCAGGUCUUUUAGUGCUGUAGUGAAGCCGGGAGCUGGACCCACUGCUGGCUGCCGGGCAGCAGAGCUCGCGGGCUGGGCCAGGCCAGGCCAGGCCAGGCCAGGCCAGCCCAGCCCAGCCCUGCCCAGCCCAGCCGGAGUCUCCCCGGGCUGGCCUCGCUCCCCAUCCUUUCCUUUCGCUUUUGGUCGCCCGGGGGGGAUUGGUUGGCCAGCCAUGCGGGCCCAGCCCCCUGCUCUGCUCCGCCCCUCGGCCCCUCCCUCCUCCUUCCCUGGCAGGCUGGGAGAGCUCUCCUGGCUCUGAGCGUCGGGACGGACUGAGCCGCGGCUAUGACCAGUGAGCUGCCCGGAGGAGGAACGCCCUAAAGAGGAGGGGAGGGAGGAGAGAGAAAGAGAGAGAGGGAGAGACAGAAGAGAGGAGAGGAGAGCCAGCUAGCCAGCCAGCUGGGCGGCCGGAGGCGGGGAAGAGAGGGAGAGAGGGAACGCAAGAGAGAGACAGGGAGUGAAAGCAAACCAGAGGCAGAGAGAGGGGCGCGCUUACUUCUCCAAGUGCCAACUUUCCCUGGAGAGAGUGUGCAGGGGUGCGGACCUUCCUUUGGGGAGAAAGCCAGCCCAACUUGAGAUUGGAGAGAAACGGGUUUGCGCCCUUUCCCUCCCCCUUGAUUCUGCCCCCCUCCCCCCAAUAAAGAGGGGGAAAAUCACCCUCUUUACAACCCAAUCUGUCCCCAUUCCCUGGCACCAUGAAGGCGGCCGUCGAUCUCAAACCUACUCUCACCAUCAUCAAGACAGAGAAAGUGGACCUGGAGCUUCUCCCUUCCCCUGAUAUGGAAUGUGCAGAUGUUCCCCUCUUAACUCCAAGCAGUAAAGAAAUGAUGUCACAGGCACUGAAAGCCACUUUCAGUGGUUUCACUAAAGAGCAGCAACGGCUGGGAAUUCCCAAAGAUCCACGGCAAUGGACAGAGACCCAUGUUCGUGACUGGGUAAUGUGGGCAGUGAAUGAGUUCAGCCUGAAAGGUGUGAACUUCCAGAAGUUCUGCAUGAGCGGAGCUGCCCUUUGUGCAUUGGGCAAAGACUGCUUCUUGGAACUGGCCCCAGAUUUUGUUGGUGACAUCUUAUGGGAGCAUCUAGAGAUCUUACAAAAAGAGGACAUGAAGCCAUAUCAAGUUAGUGGAGUCAACUCUGCCUAUCCAGAGACCCGCUAUACCUCGGAUUACUUCAUUAGUUAUGGAAUUGAGCAUGCCCAGUGUGUUCCUCCAUCAGAGUUCUCAGAGCCCAGCUUCAUUACUGAGUCCUACCAGACACUGCACCCCAUCAGCUCUGAGGAGCUCCUUUCCCUCAAAUAUGAGAAUGACUACUCCUCAGUCAUCCUUAGCAGAGACCCUCUUCAGGCAGAUACCUUGUCCACUGACUAUUUCACAAUCAAACAAGAAGUUGUAACACCAGACAACAUGUGUAUGGGGAGGACCAGUCGUGGUAAACUUGGAGGCCAGGACUCCUUUGAGAGCAUAGAGAGUUACGACAGCUGCGACCGCCUCACCCAGUCCUGGAGCAGUCAGUCAUCCUUCAACAGCCUCCAGCGUGUCCCCUCCUAUGACAGCUUCGAUUCCGAGGACUAUCCUGCUGCCCUGCCCAACCACAAGCCCAAGGGCACCUUCAAGGACUAUGUGCGUGACCGUGCUGAGCUCAACAAGGAUAAGCCCGUCAUUCCUGCAGCUGCCCUGGCAGGCUACACAGGCAGUGGACCAAUCCAGCUGUGGCAGUUUCUCCUGGAGUUACUCACAGAUAAAUCCUGUCAGUCGUUUAUUAGCUGGACAGGCGAUGGCUGGGAAUUCAAACUCUCUGACCCAGAUGAGGUGGCCAGGAGAUGGGGCAAAAGGAAAAACAAGCCUAAGAUGAACUACGAGAAACUGAGCCGUGGCCUACGUUACUACUAUGACAAAAACAUCAUCCAUAAGACAGCGGGUAAACGCUAUGUUUACCGCUUUGUGUGUGACCUGCAGAGCCUGCUUGGUUACACGCCUGAGGAACUCCAUGCCAUGUUAGAUGUCAAACCUGAUGCAGAUGAGUGACAGAGAUGGAAGGAAACAGGGACAACUUUGCUGAAGCAUUUCAAAGACUGAGUGCAUCAGUCGGACUGUUGAUUUUAAAUUGUCUGUUUUUUGUUUUUGUUUUUUAUUAUUAUUAUUUUCCAGAAGUGAGAAACUCGGUUUUUACAUUCAGGGGUGGGAACUGAGCCGAAGCUAUAACUGAUGGUGGUGUGGUCGCCAAUGGAAAGCAAGGGAGGACUUUUAAACUAGGGAAGGACAGAUUUUAAGGGGAAAGGGAGGGUCUUCAAAGAAGCCAGAAGAAUCUGGUUUAAAUGAGGAGGAGAAUCAAAUAUUGGAUCAUGUAUAGAAACCAUUCAUUGAAAAGAUGCCACUUUGGUUAUGGCCUUAUUGAUAAGCAAAAGAAACUGACACUUCGGGAAGUCAAAAGACUGAUGAAAUGAUAGAUUUUUUUUUUUUAAAGGGCUGGGAGGGCAAAAAGGGUGGGAUAGAAGGUUCUGUUCUGGGGAUAGACCUUGGAAAAACACAAGAACUCUGGUCCCUUUUACUCUUUACCUUUUGCUCUGCUUUUAGAACAAAAAAAAAAUGAACUUCAGUGAGGAGGGGACCAAGCUUUUUUGUGUUUAAAAUUUAUUUUAUUAAAUUUUGUGCCAGUAUUUUUUUUUCUUAAAAAAUCGUCUUAAGCUCUAAGGUGGUCUCAGUAUUGCCAUUCUGUGUGAGUUUGUUCUGUUUGCCGGCUGAGGAUUCGGUCACAGUGAAAGAAAACUGUUUAUAUAGACCCCACUGGAAAAGUGUAGCUUUGUCUUUGAGAUUCAGGAGUCCAAAAUUUAAGACUCAUACAUGUAGGAAAAAUGAGGCUGAUUUGGGUAUCAGGGAUGAAAAAAUGUUCUUUAGUGCAUGUGAAUCUCACCUGUGAAUAUUUCUUACCAUCACAUCCAUUUUCUCAUUUGCCAUUAGCAGACUCUUGGGGUUUGGACUUAAUGUACAACUAAGAAAAUCAUUAAGUCUUUUAACUGAAUGUAUUUCAAAGCUGUAACCUGGAACUGUAGUCAUUGUAGUAGCACUGGCCUUAUUGUACAGGGGAAGAUGGAUAUGGAGAUGGUUCUCUGUUAGUUCUCAAUUAUAUAUAUAGUUUCAAAGCAAUUGAAGGUGUAUGCAUGUAAGAUAGCUAUCAAAGCUAGAGAAAUAAAUUCUGAAUGCAUUGAGGUCCUAGCUACCCACCCAAGCACCCCCAAUCUCCUAUUUCCUCCUUUACAUUUUGUCCUUAUAAGAUGCUGGGAUCGUCACACAUUAUUCUUCUGUUUUAUCCACUUUCCCUUCCCCCAAAUCUCCUUUCUCAGGAAGGAGAAAUUUAUUUUUUCUGAAUGAUGAAUGAAAGGAAGCUGCAGGAGAUAGGUCAAGAGCUGGAAAAUUUCUAAUUAAGCCAUUUUGGCUAGUUGAGUGUUAGCAAGGAGGGGAGUCAUAGAAAUGUAGAUAGUGCAUAGCAAAUAGUUUGGUGUAGAAUUCCACAGGGGGAAAAGCCUAAGGCUUUUCUUGAAAGAACUGAAGUCAACUGAGACUAGGGAUGUUAAGCAAGUAGUCAGUGUACCCCUUCUUAGGGUCUGGUCCUUGGAUGUGUUAUCUUGUUAUAAGAGAAGUGAGGAUGGAUCGAUAAUGUAGAAGAGAGGAAAGGAAAGGUUUGUAGGUAAAGGAAGCAUGAUGGAAGAAGACUAGAUUUAGUAUGAAAAGGUCACCUGUGUGUGGAGAGCACUCCUUCACCCCCUUCUCCCUCUAUUAACUAACCCUUCAAGAGUUCAGUGCUUUUAAUUUCUUUGUUACAUAGGCAUGACCUUUGGAGAACCAUUGAUGGUGUUGGGGAGAAUGAGCAACUAGUGAGAAAAAAGUGCCUGAAGUUAUCAUAAGUACCUUGAUGGAUAGCUGAUGAAUGAGAUGAUGAUAGGGAUGUUGAAAGGACUCUAGUUCAGUUUUCAGUAUGAGAAUGGAAAGAAAAAUUCAAGAUGGGUUACUUCUAGGCCAGCCCUUUCUAGAUUCUGAAUGAAAAAUUGGCUGCUGAAGCUACCUUGUGGUAUAUAUCCUAGAAAUGAGAAGACUUACUCUUGGGUCAGCUCCUAAAGCCUUGAUCAUAAAAAGAAAAAAAAAAGAAAAGGGAGGGGGGCUUUGUGAUCAAUUCAUGACUGUCCCAAGCUUGCUUGCUAAGAUGGAGACAGGAAAUGGUGGACAAAGUGGAGUUAGGUCAGGCCAUUAUGCAUUUUGCCUGUUACGUCAGGUGCCUUAAUAAAGCUCCCAUUGUGAUUUUUGGGGCUGCUCAGGGAGGUCUUUGGUGGAACAAGUUGGACUAUGUUGCUUUCCCCCACAUUUUAUUGCCUUGUUGGUCACUGGCAAAGCUCCAUUUGUGUGUGUGUGUGUGUGUGUGUGUGUGUGUGUGUGUGUGUGUGUUUGUUUGUACAUUUGUGUGUUCUUGCUUGUGCUGCAAAACUUUGAAAUAAUGUCUGAGUUUCCCAGUUUAGUCUUUUCCUAUUUCAGCAGUGGGGGAAAAAAGAACCUGUGGCUUAACAUAGCUCUUUGCUUACUAUUUGCAACCUGGCAUAAAAUCAUUUAUUCAUCUCAUUACCCUUUUCCUUUUGAAUUUAGGCUGAAAAUACUUGCUUUUCAAAUAAUUCCUACAGUUGUAUAGUAGACAUAAGAGAAUGCUGAAACACUUAGUAGUUUCUCGCCCUUAUACCUUGCUUUUCGUAAGGGUCUUUUUUUACUGCCACCCCCAAUCCCUCCUUAGCACCAUACUCAGUAUUUGCAGCUUCCGCUUUUGCCAAGAAAAAUUUGGUGGCCUAGCCAGAUUGUUGUUCUCCCUCUCUCUGUCCAAAAGACAGACCAUCCCAGGAUGAAUGGUGGGUGAUUUAUACACUGGAAAUGUAGCUGAAUUGUUACCUUUUUGCUUUUCUUUAAUUAAAAAAAAACACGUUAGCUCUAGAGAAGAGAUGGGCAAUUCUGGUUCAGCUUGAUGUCACCCCAACUUCUAUGGAGAUGUCUAAUGUACUGUCAGUGGAUUUUGGCUUCUGGUUCUCUCCUGUUCCCUCUUCUUUCCAGGAGAAGGAUAGCCCUCUAUUUAGCCCUAUUCUAUGGCCAAAAGGGUUGGAAGAAGCAUCAAAAGGCUGGAGCCUUCUCUGAACAGAACAGCUGGAUGUCCCCCCCAGUGUUGCCUGUCCUUACUUUGGCGUUAAACACUCUGGGUUUUUGGAGUAUUAAACCUACCUUUUCUUCAUGGUGGAUAAACACCAUCUCUACUCUAGUCAUGCUGUGCAUGCUGCUUUCUCUGUUGGGGUCUAUAUAAAUCCGUUGAACUAUUGCCUACAUUCCAAAGAAGUUUCAAGGAACAAUAAAUAUAUGUAUACAUAUACAUAUAUAAUAUAAAAUAUAUAUUAUAAUGGAAAUAUCUCCACCAAGAAUACUGCCUCAGUUAUUGAACAUUGUUGUUUUUUUACAUAAGAAUUUUUUUAAGCUGAGAAGUGUAGGGGGGAAAAUGUUAUAUUGUGUUCGACUAUUUUCCAACUUGUAUUUUCAUAUAAUUUAUAUUUUUUAAAAGUGGAAAUUUUAAAAGCAAGAUUUUAAAAAAAGGAAAAGCAGGUGCUUUUUAAAAAAAAUUGGAGCUGAGGUAGCUUAGAGAUGUAGCGAUGUACGUGUCUAUGUUUUAUUGUGUUUUUUUUUUAAGAAAAUGCAAAAAAACCAUUUCUUAUGGGGGAGAUUUUUUUUUUUCCAUUUGUUUUAGUAGCUGAUGCUGGCACAUCAUUUUGCUGGAGAGUUUUUUAUAUACUGUACCCUGAUUUCAUAUUGUAUUUUAAACUGUGUGAGAUUAAAAAAAAUUCAUUCAUAA